AUGACUAUGACCAUCAGCUUGGCAAAGUGGAUGGUGUACUUUAUUAAUAUCCUAGCCUCACGUCGAAGCCGCAUCACUCUCGGUCUUAGUUUUGUGAUGAUAACGAUUUACCUGUUUCUUCGCAGAACCGAUGAUUACUAUCGCCAACAUACGGCUACUAUCCUCUACAAGAGCUCUAAAGAGACGAAUGGCUUGGACUGGUCGAGAUAUGCCUAUACACAAUAUGUCACGAGCAGCGAAUAUCUUUGUAUCUCGGCGAUGCUGCUGGAGAGGCUACAUUACCUCGGAAGUCGUGCAGACAGAGUAUUGAUGUAUCCUAAGAAGAUGCUCCCGGAUCCUGAGACAAAUGGUGGCGGAGGCUUUCACGAUGCGGAACUGCUUAUCAAGGCGCGAGACGAGUAUGACACAUGGUCCAACUCUUACACCAAGCCCCUGGCCUUAAACCUGACUCAAUACGAGCGUGUUAUAGCCUUCGACGCAGACGCCACAGUCUUGAAACACAUGGACGAGCUCUUUCAUCUACCGCCAUGUCCAAUUGCCAUGCCUCGCGCUUACUGGCUCCUCGACGACCCGGAAUCCCAGAAGACACUUACUUCCCACGUCACGGUCAUCCAACCGAGCAAACGAGAAUUCAAUCGUAUCCAGAAGAGGGUUCAACUCUCAGACAAGGACGAAUACGACAUGGAGCUGCUGGACAGGCUAUACGCCGACACGGCCAUGGUGAUUCCUCACAGGCCGUACGCGAUGCUUUCUUCCGGGUUUCGUGAGACGGAUCAUCAUUUGUAUCUCGGCUCUGAGACUGAGGGAUGGGAUCCGGUGGCGGUGUUGGGCGAGGCCAUGACGUUGGAGCCAAAGUGCGAAUUGAAGAGGAAGGAUGAUGACAUUGACGACGGAGAAGAGGAUUGCUCGGGACGGGAUGUGUGGAGGGAGCUGUACGCUGAUUUCAGAGAGCGCAAAGCGAGAGUAUGCGCAAAGAAGCAGUGGGCGGACGAUGAAGACGAGGGAUAUGGAGCGUCGAAGGAGGAAGUGGGCGGCUUUACGAAUCCGAUUUCAGAUGUUGAACUAGACGACGAUGCUCGGUCUAUUUCUAACCUCUCGACGGCUCUCUGGUUCCUCUCUUCUCUCUUUCUCAUCAACCCCUCCCCCGCCUCAACUUCAACCUCAGCUCUCUCAACCAUCAAAAUGUCCUCCUCCUCCUACGCCCACCUCCUCCCCCCCAGCUGGAAACCCCAAGUCACCGCCUGGCUCGCCGAAGACACGCCCUCCUUCGACUACGCCGGCUUCGUCGUCGGCGAACACCCUCGCACCGCCACCCUCUGGGCCAAAUCCCCCGGCGUCAUCGCCGGCCGCCCCUUCUUCGACGAGGUCUUUCAUCAGUGCGGCUGCGACGUCGAGUGGCACGCCGACGAAGGCUCGCAAAUCGACCCCUCCCAGUCUCCCGACGGCAAGAUCAAAGUGGCGACCGUCACCGGGCCUGCGAGAGGGUUGCUGCUCGGGGAGAGAGUCGCGCUGAACACCCUCGCCCGAUGCUCCGGCGUUGCGACGCAGAGCGAGAGAGUCGUGUCGAAGCUAAGGAAGGCUGGGUACGAGGGCGUGCUGGCUGGUACGCGCAAGACUACGCCUGGGUUCCGGCUGGUGGAAAAGUACGGCAUGCUCGUGGGCGGCGCGGACGGACACCGCAUGGACCUGAGCGCGAUGGUGAUGCUCAAGGACAACCAUGUCUGGAGCCGCGGGAGCAUCGCCGAGGCCGUGGCGGCGGCCAAGGCGGUUGCCGGGUUCAGCGUCAAGAUCGAGGUCGAGGUGCAGAGCGAGGCGGAGGCCGACGAGGCGAUUGGCGCCGGCGCGGACGUGGUGAUGCUGGAUAACUUCACCGGCGACGGCGUCAAGAUUGCGGCGCGGAGCUUGAAGGAGAGGUGGGCCGGCAAGAAGCGGUUUUUGCUCGAGGUAUCUGGAGGCUUGAGGGAGGAUAAUGUUGAGCCAUAUGUGUGCCAUGAUGUGGACAUUAUCUCGACGAGCUCGAUUCACCAGGGAGUUCCGCAUGUCGACUUUUCCCUCAAGAUCAACCACUAA